UGUAGGAGGUUUUGUAAGAGAAAGAGAGAGAAGGCGAGAGAGACAACUAAUAAAUUCACUGUGUGUUGAAAGGGGAUGGUUCAGGCUUUUGUAUGAGAGACAGAGGGAGGGAGAGAGAGAGAGAGAGAGAGAGAGAGGCAGGGGACUCGGAAAUGGCAGAAACCAUGGUGAGUGGAGUUAGACUACCAAAAGAGAAGCUGAGGCUUCGCUGUGAUGCUGGAGCAGUGUUGAGAGCAGAGGGAUGCGCAACUGAACCCUGAAAGCUCCUGACUCAAUACUGAGAGAGAAGCUUUAGAAAACACCUCCGAGGUCUCUUCAGAAGAAGAAAUAAUGCAUGUCAGUGGUUUCCGCUCAACAACAUAGAAAAGGAGCAACUUGCACUCCAUCAGAGCAUUGUGGAAAAGUUAGAAGUGAACCCAGGGAGAGGCACUGUGUUUUUCUUUUAUGUCCUCUUUGGGGAAUGGUGAGGAACUACUGGAAACUUCUGUCUGAGAGUCUGCAACCUUCUCCUGAUCUAGUACAAGAUGCCUGUGAUGAAGGGCCUCCUUGCUCCACAAAACACCUUCUUGGACACCAUUGCAACCCACUUUGAUGGCACUCACAGUAACUUCCUACUGGGAAAUGCUCAGGGUCGUCAUGGCUACCCAAUUGUGUACUGCUCUGAUGGGUUUUGUGAGCUGACCGGCUUUGUUCGGACUGAGGUGAUGCAGAAAACAUGUACCUGCAGCUUCCUGCAUGGAGCCGAGACCUAUGAAAGUGUAAUCCAACAGGUAGUCAAAGCUCUGGAGUGCCAGCAGGCGUACCAGGGAGAAGUCUGCUUCUAUAGGAAAAAUGGAAAUCCAUUUUCGUGCCUCCUGGAUAUUGUGCCAAUCAAAAAUGAGAAAGGUGAGGUGGUGCUGUUCCUCUUGUCCUUUAAAGACAUCAGUGAAUCAUAUGGGAAAAGCCAUCACUGCAGCCAAGGAGACGCUGUGUCAGAGGCUGCUCACCAGAGCAGGAAAAGCAAUCGAUCGCACUUUUCUCAAGCUCAAGAAGGGGGGCAGACUAUUCUGCACAACCUUACCAACCUGUUCACCAAGAGGGGCAAGAAGAAUCUGACCAAUAGUGUAUUUCAGAAACCGUCUCUACCUGAGUACAAGGUGGCAGCUGUUAAGAAGUCACGUUUCAUCCUGCUACACUACAGCAUCUCCAAGGCCUUGUGGGACUGGCUAAUUCUACUGGCGACCUUCUACGUUGCUGUCGCUGUGCCUUAUGACAUCUGCUUUGUCAGUCAUGAUGAGGCCAGCGACUAUCACUCACUUGUCAGCCGCAGCACCAGUGACAUAGCAGUGGAGAUGCUCUUCAUACUUGAUAUUAUUCUGAAUUUCCGUACAACCUAUGUGAGUCAGUCAGGUCAGGUAGUGUACGACGCCCGCUCCAUUUACCUCCAUUACUGCACCACUUGGUUCUUUGUGGAUCUGAUCGCAGCAUUGCCCUUUGACCUUCUCUAUGCUUUCAACAUCACAGUGACCUCGCUGGUGCACUUGUUGAAGACGCUUCGUCUGCUGCGUCUGCUGCGCCUGUUACAGAAACUGGAUCGCUACUCCCAGUACAGCGCUGUGGUCCUGACCCUGCUCAUGUCUGUGUUUGCUCUGCUGGCUCACUGGAUGGCUUGUGUCUGGUAUGUCAUCGGACGCAAGGAGAUAGAAAGCAGUGACCCCAUUACCUGGGACAUAGGCUGGCUUCAGGAGUUGGGAAAGCGUCUGGACACACCAUACAUCAAUCGCACCAUGGGUGGUCCCUCCAUCACUAGCGCCUACAUCGCCUCUCUCUACUUCACCCUCAGUAGCCUCACCAGUGUCGGUUUUGGCAACGUGUGUGCCAAUACGGACGCUGAGAAAAUCUUCUCCAUCUGCAUUAUGCUCAUGGGUGCCCUGAUGCACGCAGUGGUCUUCGGCAACGUGACAGCCAUCAUCCAGCGCAUGUACUCACGGCGCUCUCUCUACCACACCCGAAUGAAGGAUCUCAAGGACUUCAUCCGUGUGCAUCGGCUGCCUCAGCUGUUAAAGCAGAGGAUGCUGGAGUACUUUCAGUCCACCUGGUCUGUCAACAAUGGCAUCAAUGCCAAUGAGCUGCUGCAUGACUUCCCAGAUGAACUGCGAGCUGACAUUGCCAUGCACCUGAACAAAGACAUCCUGCAGCUGCCUGUAUUUGAGCGAGCCAGCAGAGGGUGUCUGCGCUCCCUUUCCCUGCACAUCAAGACCUCUUUUUGUGCUCCUGGGGAAUAUCUUAUACGCCAUGGAGAUGCCCUACAAGCCAACUAUUUUGUCUGCUCUGGCUCCCUGGAGGUUCUGAAAGAUGGCAUGGUGCUUGCCAUCCUGGGCAAGGGUGACCUUAUUGGGGCUGAUCUCCCGGAACAUGACCAGGUGAUCAAGACCAAUGCAGACGUAAAGGCGCUGACCUACUGUGACUUGCAGUACAUCAGUGUUCGGGCUUUGAGGGAGGUCCUUGAGCUGUACCCGGAGUACAGCAGCCGGUUCAGUUCUGACAUCCACCACAACCUUACCUACAACUUGAGAGAGGGCAGUGAAGCUGAUGGAGCAACAAAGCUUCCAUGGUCUUCAGGGCUGUCUCAGCGUCAUGCCUCUAUGGGCCAUAAACUACCCUAUAUUGUUGAGGCAGAUGAUGAUGAACGUGGAGCAGACCUGAGACACUCUCAGCAGAGGAGACUGCCUUUGUUACAUGGAAUAGGCAGCCCAGUUCGUCAGCCCUGCCUCAGCAGCCUGUUAGGAGAGGAGUUCCACCACAUCAAUGCACUCCACAUUGGUCGGUCACCUGUUCAGGACGGUAGAGGCCAGAGUCCCUCUCCUCAGCCAAUCGCCAAUCAGACGCUCUCUCCUUCUCCUUUGCCCAGUCUUACCAGUGACCCAGGCUUAAACCAUCGGCCGGCCAAUCUACUCAUGCCAUCCUUGCCUUGUGUUAGUCCACUGAACCUUAGCCCCAGGGUCGUGGAUGGAAUUGAGGACAAUGGUCACGCGUUUCAAUUUAAUGUAGAGCCGAGCGAGACAAAGACAGACCGGUUCCAAGUGAGUGCUAACCUGCUUCUGGAGACAGAGGAAGUGAGACAGAACAUCAGCAAACUGAACAAAGAGGUGAGCAACUUGAACCAAGAAGUAUCCAACCUGGCCAAGGAGCUCCACGACAUAAUGCAUUUCCUGCAGGCUCAUGUGGCCAUGCUCCGUGCCCUUCCAGACUCCUCAUACUCUUGUGGCAUACAGAUGGUUCCCAGUCCUAGUGUGACCCAGCCCCAUGCCCCUUUAAAUAUUGCCACCGGUCUGCACCCCCAUCAUGAAUCAAUUAGCCACCCUACCAGAAAUGUUUGGGGCUGCAGUGGCAUGCCCUCCCAGGGCAGAAGCCCCACCUUGCUGCACUCUUCAAGCCCUGUGCCAUCCUGUUUACACCUGUGCUGCUCUGACAGAGAAGGGGCCACAGCCCAUAGGUUACAGAGCCAGUGCCCCUUCCAAGUACCCAGAACAACACCAAACUCUCCCUACAUGACCCACCCGCAUGCCCGGGGUGGUCCAUCCCUCCUGGGCCUCAGUUCUGCCUUCAGUAGCUUCCCAGUGAUUUGUCAGGCCCCCCAGGUGUCAUACAACACCUCUAUUCCCACAAUGAGCAACUCUCACCCUCUGUGUUCCCCAGUUAAUUCUGGCUACUCCCAUCCAUCUCUGAGCAUUCAAACUAACUCUGAUCCCACACAUAAUCACACCAACUCCCAGACACCCAUCCAUUCCUCCAUCGUAUACACAGGCCAGCCGCAGUAUCACACUACCUUCAGCUCUCUCACCCCUUCAGCAGUCCAUACUUCAACAUGCAUAGGGCACAACCAGAGCCAUCAGUGCUCUAUCAACGCCCCCAGGCAAAAUGACCCAGUAGGAUCCAGCCCUAUCCACCUAACACAGGACCUUGCAUCUUCUCUUCUGGGUCAGGUAACAGACAGAGACUGUAGAACUUCACUUUAUCAAGAGAGGACAGACAGUAUUGAAUCUCAAGAUACGAGCAUCAGUACUCCAAAUGUAGAAGUUCAACCACCUCUCUUGGAUGUGGAGGGAAUACAAAGCCCACACUGAUGACCCAGGUAUUUUGUUGUGUUACUGUAGGAUAAAGAUUAAGUUUCCACCAAUUAAAAUGUUCCCUGCCCAAAUGCAUAAACUACUGCUGAAACCCUACUGCCACAACUGAAUAAAACAUUUUGUAAAUUA